AUGUUCACUAACCCAACUACGUAUCCCGCCCUUGUUUCCACUCACCACGAGGGAUCUCUCCAACAGCGUCGCGACACUUACACUGUACCUGAACUACCGGGACAUAGCACCGGAUCUAUCCGCAGAAACCCACAGCGCGACAAUAUGCUUCCACUGGGCCUUUUGACGGCCGCGACUGGCCACCCCAUGCUGGUGGAAUUGAAGAGUGGCGAAACUCUGAACGGCCUGCUUGUCAACUGCGACACAUGGAUGAAUCUCACAUUAAAAGAGGUUGUGCAAACGAGUGCGGACGGUGACAAGUUCAUGAGAUUACCAGAGAUCUACGUUCGCGGAAGCACAAUAAAGUACCUUCGAGUGCCGGACGAGAUCGUCGACGUCGUAAAGGAACAGCAAGCCAAAGAUCAAGCGAAUCGCGGUGGCCGAGGAGGUCCGGACAUCUCUCUUGCAGAUACAUUGACGUUCACCCUCGAAUCCCCUACCCUAAUCACCGCAAUGACAAGCUUCACCAUCUCUGAUAGCCAACUCGAUGAGUUGAAAGGCCAGGCAGCUGUCAUCACUGGAGCAUCUUCAGGCAUAGGGCUUGCAACUCUCCGAAGAAUCAUCAAGCAUGGCGGCAAGGUCUUUGCUAGCGACGUCAACCCGCUUCCUGAGCCCGAAGCAUCAUCCGUCCCUUUCUUGAAGGCUGAUGUCACCUCAUGGAAAGAGCAACUCGACGUUUUCAAAGCGGCAGAACAGAAGUACGGAAAGAUCGACCACAUCUUCGCGAAUGCCGGAAUCGGAAAAACAAUGAGCUUGUUAGACGAUGGUGUCGAUGAAAAUGGCGAUUUGCUUCCGCCUACGCUGAACACAAUUAACAUCAACUUGAUCGGUGUGUUAUACACAGUGAAGUUAGCCAUACACUAUCUCAAGAAGAAUCCGAAUGGUGGCAGUAUUGUCAUGACAGCAUCGGGAUCAAGCUUCGCGAAACUCCCUGCUGAAGAUUACACCACAGCCAAGCAUGGCGUUCUUGGACUUCUACGGGCUCUGGAACCCCAGCUCUACCCCAAGCUUCCAAUCCGCAUCAACGCCGUCGCCCCGUCCUGGACCGACACAGCGAUUGUGCCGCGCGCGAUUGUCGCUGCACUAGGCGAAGACAGCGUACAGUCGCCAGAUGUCGUUGCUCGCUCUGUUGCUGUGUUGAUGGCAGAUAAGGAGCGUCAUGGGGAGCUGGUAUACAGCAAUGUAGGCAAGUUUGUAGAAAUGGAAAAUGGGAAGACGGGUUACCAUGCUCUUACACAGCAGAUGCUGGAGGGCGCUAAUGAUGAAGAAAAGAAGGACUUGUUGGCUGCUGAGCAGAGAGUAAAGAGUGUGAUGAAAAAGAUGUCAGAGAAGGAGAGACAGCACCAUACAAACGGCGCUUCGGUGGCUGUUGAGUAG